AAAUGUAAUAUUGGUUAUUCGGGAAAUGAAAUUCUUUGCAAAGAGAUAAAACCGUGCCAGCAAAAUCCUUGUGAAAACAAGGGUAUUUGUACGAAAAAAGGAUAUACAUUCUCGUGUAAAUGUGCUGAUGGUUUUAAAGGCAAAACCUGUGAAGUUGGAGUUUGUGAUCAUUCCCCUUGCAAAAAUGGUGCCCAAUGUCUUUUUGAAAGCAAUUCAUACAAAUGUAACUGUCCUCCUAACUUUGUUGGAUUUCACUGUGAAAAGGAGCUUCCAAGUCCUUGCAAGCCAAAUCCAUGUAAAAACUGUGGACAAUGCAACGUAUUUGGCAAAAUUAACCCGUUUAAAUGCAAGCCUAAGUUUGGCGGUAACAACUGUGAACAUUCUGAAACGUCAUGUUAUGCUUCUGGUGAUCCUCAUUACACCUCAUUUGAUGGCAAAGAUUCG